GCCUCGCCUCGCCUUGCUCGGGUUGCAAGGCUGGGAACGGGCUAUAUUGACGGACAGCGGCCAUCCUGCGAUAGUGUUUAUGUUCCUUCUUGAGUGCCUUCGACACAUGACUGACCGUUUCCUAAUUCAGAAUACAAGCACCUUUCCAUGCACCUGUCCAAGCAAGCGUGACACUUGAGACGCCAUUUGCAGUGUAAGCGGGUGCAGCCUAAUAGCUCUGUCUAGGGUACACCAUCCGUAUCUUGAUGGAUCAUAUCUCCCGUACAAUCAAAUAAUUGAUACCGGUAGGUUAUGAUUGAAAACUUUGUCGGUAGUACACAAUUCCAGAUUGGAUACGAUAGCUGCUAUCCUCCGUCGCACCACAGCGGAAGUACUCCGAUAUUGAAGGUGAUGAAUCAUCUAUCAUCUAUCUGCGGCAUUAUUGCCCUUCCAGUGCAGACUUCAACCGACAAAACAUUGUACAAAAACAACCGCCCCAGGCUCAACCGACAAUCCACGAUAAACUGGUCUCCUUUCGCCAAUAAAAAGCUCUCGACACUAGACCACAAAAGAUCAGGCUCGGUGGCCCGACCGCACUCAUUCCUCCGGCAGCCUCAGACGAGGCUCACACUGGAUGGGGGAAUCCAGAGGCUCAACUCAGCAGGUGUCAUCAUUGUGAUCGAACCGGAACACCAGACCCUUGGUCUGGUCAUACGUGUAAUACGCAUUGUACUUGGACGAGUACGCCACGCCACUGCCCUGCUUGACGAUCUGGUAGUUCUGUACCGAAUGGUACUCCCCGUCGUAGGGGGGAGUGUACGUCCACGUCUGAUCGUAGUUGCCGACGCUCGAGAACUGGUACUUCUUGCCGCUGGUCAAGCCCACCCCCGUGCCCUUCUGGUUGACGUGGCCCUUGUAGGUCACCGCACCGGUCUUCUCGUCGGUGCUCUGCGUAUAAUGGCCAUCCCAGGUGACGGAGAAGUGGACCUGUUCGGUGUCGGGGCCGGUGGGGUAGCAGGGAGGGACUGUCUGUGUGUAGUCCCAAGAGCCCUCGUACUUCACCGGGGCGGCUCGAGCGUCAAGAGGGACCACGGCGGGGACAGCAAGGGUGGAGGCGAUGAAGAGGAAGAAAAUAACGGUCUUGAAAUGCAUCGUGGGAAAUGAUGUUGAUGUUUGGUAUUGGAGCGGGCUCUGUGCUUGAUGGGUGGGUUGUUGUGGAAGGUUGAGAUCGAGAAGAAAUACCCCGAGUUUUUAUAGCCUCGACCGCUACACAGAUAAGUCAUUGGAUCAUGCCAUGCCCUUUUGAUAGAAUAGUCUGGACUCGUCAUAGUUCUCGUAUCCGCUGCUUGAGUCUUGACGUCAGGUGUAGAGGCAUCGAGGCAGUGCUAUCAUGCAUGAAAACAACAGGUCCUAUAUCCACAAUUUCCUGAAAUCACAAGUAAGCUGGCUCAAG